AGGGUUUUUUUCUAGAUCGGCCAUGGUGGGUGGCUCUCUGUCGGUUCACUCUCUCUCUCUCUUUCUCUCUGCUUGUCGAUCUCAAUCAACCAAAUUCCGAUACAGUCCAACUAUCAGUGCAAAUCUCUCUCUCUUCUCUCCAUAUAUAUAGUUUGUAUCUGAGGGGUCUCGUUCAUUUCUGUUUAGGGAAGCUCAUUAUCUGCUCUGCUCUGUUCUGUGCCUCUGAUUUGCUAUUUGGGUUCCAUUUUUUCCCUCGAAUUCCGAUCUACCUCUCUUUCUUUGUCUGGGUAUUGAUUUGCUGAGUUGGGUGUCUUGAAAUCCCAAUAGUUUUGCUCUUAUGAGGGUCGAUUAGGUCUUGCACACUGAUAUUCUGUUUUUCAGCAGAGUACUUACUACUACCAUUGGUACUCAUUCGAGCUAUCAAUUUCUUCUGGGUUUAUUUCAGAUCUUCGAAAUAGGCUAUUUCAAUGGUGGAUCUGAGUGAUAAAGGAUCAGAGUCUGAAGACAUGAUCAGCAAAACCCCAGAUCGGGUCUCGUCAGAAGGAAGCCAUAUCAAGACCUGUGCUGAUUGCGGAACCACCAAGACCCCUCUCUGGAGAGGCGGCCCUGCUGGCCCUAAGUCACUGUGCAAUGCAUGUGGGAUCAGAAGCAGGAAGAAGAGAAGAGCACUUCUGGGUCUAAAAACAGAGCACAAGAAAUCAAAGAAAACCAACAAUCACAACAAUGGAAGCAACACUAAUAAAUUGGGCGAUUCAUUGAAGAGGAAGCUAUUAGGGCUUGGGAGAGAAGUGGUGGCGCAGAGAUCGUCGGUGCAGGAGCUGAGGCGGCGGAGGAAGCUGGGGGAGGAGGAGCAAGCAGCUGUGCUGUUGAUGGCUCUGUCAUGUGGCUCUGUUUAUGCUUAGCCCUUCUAGAUUUUUUAAGUACUAAUUUUAGUAUUAUGAUUAUUGUUAGUAGUACUAAAUGAGAAAGGAGAUUUUAAUGUUGUCAAUAAGUGUAUCUUCUAGUAUCUUUUCUAAGUUAAUUUUGUUUUUGUUUUAUUUUAUUUUCAUAUUCAAUUGGGCUUAGUUUUGAUGAUUGUCUACUAACUAUGUUUGAGAGUUGGAGAAGAAUUGAAGAGGAAUGUAAGAAUGGGAGGAGAUUAAUUCUAAUUCCAUUUCUAUUUUGGCUGA